UAAAACAUGUUUUUUACCAAACAUUGGGCAAAGGUUUUAGUUGGUUCUUCAGCUGUCAGUUCUUUGACAUUAACAUCUUUAUGUCUCACUACCAACGAAUCAGUGUGGGAAAACAUUUCAAUGCCGCUGAUUCGUAUGAUUGAUGCAGAAAGAGCGCACAUUCUUGCAGUUAAGCUAGCAUCUUGGAAGCUGGUUCCAAAGUUUAAAACGUUAGAUGCAGAUAAAUCUUUACUGUCUACUGCGCUGUGGAACUUAAAAUUUGAUUCUCCGCUAGGUCUUGCUGCAGGUUUUGACAAAAAUGCUGAAUGUGUUGAUGGCAUGUUUAAAAUGGGAUUUGGUUUUGUUGAAGUUGGUUCUAUAACUCCAAAACCACAGUAUGGUAAUGCAAAACCCAGGGUAUUUCGUUUGUCACAAGAUGAAGCAAUAAUAAACAGGUAUGGAUUUAACAGCUUUGGAGCUGAUGUUGCAUUUUCUAAUUUGUCUGCUAUAUUAUCUAAACAUAAAAAUGGCAUAGUUGGUGUAAACAUUGGUAAAAACAAACUCACAGAAGAUUCAGCUGCUGAUUAUGUGGAAAACGUUUUAAAGUUUGGUGAGUUGGCUGAUUACUUAGUUAUCAAUAUCUCAUCUCCAAAUACACCAGGUCUACGAAAUAUGCAAAGUAGAAAAGAACUGCAGGAACUUCUUGAAAGAGUUCUUAAGGCGAGAGAGAAGUUACAAAAUAAACCACCCUUGUUAGUAAAAAUUUCACCUGAUCUCUCUAGUUUUGAUAAAGAAGAUAUAAGUGCUGUUGUCACAAGUUCCAAGACAAAAGUGGAUGGGCUUAUAAUUUCAAAUACAACAAUAAGUCGACCACAGUCACUGAUUAGUGCCAACAAGGAUGAGGUUGGUGGUUUAAGUGGAAAACCUUUAAAGGAUCUGGCAACACAAUGUAUAAAAGACAUGUACAUUCUAACUGGAGGAAGUAUUCCUAUAAUUGGCGUUGGAGGCAUUUCAAAUGGUGCUGAUGCAUUUGAUAAAAUAUGUAACGGAGCUUCGCUUGUGCAACUUUAUACUUCACUUACAAUUCAUGGGCCACCUGUUGUAGGCAAAGUUAAAAUGGAAUUAGCCGAAAUUUUGAGGCAAAACGGUUUCAGUUCUGUAAAACAAGCUGUUGGAUGUAAAGUUAAUCUGCCUAAGAUAAAGCAGAAUAAAUGACAACCAUGACAGUUCUGUGGUAACACAAGUUGAUCAUAUUUUUUAAAUGUCUUGUAAUUUAUUUUUUUCUUCUUUUUCUUUUAACAUUUCUUUAAUUAUAUCUUAAUUGACAUUUUUUUAAUUUUAUGUUGUUUAUUAAAAAAAAGAAAUAUUUUAUUAAACAGA